GACAAAAAAAAAUGUCAAAAGAUUCUCUCCUUCCCUCUCUUUCUUGACCGUCCAAUUUCUGUGUGUAUUUUUUUUUCUUCCUAAAAAAAAUCAAAUCUAACUUUCUCGUUUUUUAUUGUUCCUCUGAACUUCUCAGAUCAUUCUUCAUUCAUCAUCUUCUGGGCAACUACUAAUAGCAACUCUCCAAAACUAUAUUUUUUUUCAGGUUUUCUUAGUUUAUGUUCUUCAGUUUGAAUCAUUGGGAAGAUCUAAAAGUUCUGAUAGACUGCAAUGGCUGAAGAGAAUGUUUCUCAAGUUAAAGAGAUGAUACCAGAUGAGCAUUGUUGUAUCCGUGAUGCUGAGAUCAUUCAAGAAACCUCUGUUGAAACAAUGCCACCUCUAAUGGUUGAGGAUGUUCUUCUUCCUCCUCCUCAUCCUCCAGCUGCAGUGUCCAAUGGUAAUGUGAAUCCGAGACGGCACUCGACUGGAGCGUUAGGUAAAGCUCAGGCUCAAACGCGUUACCGUGGGAACCAAACGAGCUCUACUCAUGAUCUUUGUAAACACGGGAAGAGGCGUGAGGAAGAUUUGGUGGUCAAACCGUGGAAGUUGGUUAAGAAAAAGGAUGUUGAAGGUGAGAGUUUGAGUUCGGUGAGGAAGUCUUUGCAGGUUGCAAAGAGAGAUGCUGCUGCUUCUGCUGCUACUAGUGAGGUUGUCAAAUCUUCUGAUGGUUUACAACGCGCUAAGAGAAGUGAAACAAAGAGUAGUGUCACUCAGAGUGAUUCACCUGCUGGUGGUGUAAGAAUGGCCAAGAAGACAAGCCUUGAUGUUAAGAAGUCUCCUAGGAUCAGCGAGAGCAAGAGUUCUAAAGAGGAUCUUGUGAAGAGUCUCAGGAAGAAAGAGAAGAAGACGGAGACUGAUGAGGUGGUUAGAUGUGAUGAUGUAAUGGAGAAGCAGGCUUCAAGAUCUUCCAAAGAGGAUCUUGUGAAGAGUCUCAAGAAGAAAGAGAAGAUUGAUGAGACGGUUAGAUGUGAUGAUGUAUCGGAGAAGACUUUGUACGUUGUUGAAUCUAGUAUUGAGGAGAAGAAGAUCGUCACAAGUGUUAAGAGUGAGAUUCAGCAAUCUUCUGUGAAGAAGAUUUUAAGACAAAGAACUCCUACACUUAUACCGUCUUUGUCACCAUCCUCUCAGGAGGUUAAAGAACCAAGGGUUACUAAAUCAGAUCCUAGGCCAAUAAGAAAGACUACUUCAAGGUCCAAGACUAGUCUCUCUGAGAAGAAAGAGAGUGGUUCUGCAACUCUUGUGACUAAGCCAAAGAGGAUUGGUUUAAAGGUCACUCCUCCUCCUGCUUCUGGUCCUCCAACGAGGCCCGUGAGUUUCAGGAAAGGGAAAGUUCUUGAACCGAAACAAGAAGAUUCUACUCCAACAUCCAUCAAGUUCAAGAAGAGAGUUGUUCAAGAACCAAAGCUCAGAAGCGACGGGAACAAGAAGAAGAAGAGCCUGAAAAAAGAUGUUGGGAAGGUGAGUAGUUAUAACAGCGGCGAAGGUAAAAGAGAGAAAGUUGUUUUGAGGCAUAGGAAAGUGGAAGCCAAGAAGAAGCUGCAGACGCUUUUCAAUAAUGUGAUUGAAGAGACUGUGAAUAAGCUUGAAGAAGUGAGGAAGAGUAAAGUUAAAGCGUUGGUUGGUGCCUUUGAAACUGUAAUCUCUCUUCAAGAUAAUGAGAUGACAUCUCAGAAGAAGAAGAAGGUACAGAGCAAAUCCACAUCUUCACAAGUUGUUGAAGGCUAGUCCCUUGAGCUUGAUUUGGUGAAGAAAGUUAUAUAACUUGUGAAUGAGAGAUACAGUGGGAAGAAUGGUUUGUUUCUUUAUGGAUCCUGUCAUGUAAAAUUUUCAAUGAAGUUAUCUAUUUUACAGUAUC